GCAGCCAGAUUGAUAAAAAAAAAAAAUACCUGGCAAUGGCAGCGAAUCUGAUUCGAUUUGAUUUGCGUUGAAGUAACUUGAGAGAGCCUCCUUCCUUCUUCUACAGAUCUCUUCUUCUUUCACUUCAAGAAGAUUCUCACUACUCUUAACACCUUCACCAACUCUGUGCAGGUGAAAUCGUUGAAGAUUGUGAAAAUGGGGAAGAAGGAGGAGAGAGCUAGAGCAGAGAAGUUGUCUGUUUACCUGUAUAUACCUAAUAUUGUUGGGUACAUGAGAGUUGUCUUGAACUGUGUUGCCUUUGCUGUCUGCUUCUCCAACAAAACUCUCUUCUCCCUCCUCUAUUUCUUCAGCUUUUGUUGUGAUGCUGUGGAUGGCUGGUGCGCUCGUAGAUUCAACCAAGUUUCAACAUUUGGAGCUGUUCUCGACAUGGUGACAGAUAGAGUUAGCACAGCGUGUCUACUCGUGAUUCUCUCUCAAGUCUACAGGCCUAGCUUGGUCUUCCUUUCAUUGCUGGCCUUAGAUAUUGCUAGUCAUUGGCUUCAGAUGUACAGUACGUUUCUAGCAGGGAAGAGCAGCCAUAAGGAUGUGAAAGAUAGUACGAGCUGGCUUUUCAGACUCUACUAUGGAAACCGGAUCUUUAUGUGUUACUGCUGUGUUUCUUGCGAGGUUCUGUAUAUCAUCCUCCUUCUCAUCGCAAAGAACCAAACAGAAAAUCUCCUCAAUGUCGUUGUUUCCACUUUAACUCAGAUUUCACCACUCUCUUUCCUAUUGGCUUUGACAUUGUGUGGUUGGUCGAUGAAACAAACCAUCAACAUCAUUCAGAUGAAAACAGCUGCAGAUGUCUGUGUACUGUAUGAUAUAGAGAAGCAGCAGCACAAGCCUUGAUCUUCCUUCCUUCCUUGUUCUGAACCUGCAACUAUUUUUUUCUUUUAAACAAUAUUGAUUUGCCUUUUGACUAAUUUCUGUCUGUAAAUAUAAUCUGAUUACAAGUUUAUAUUCU